AUGCCAUCUUUGCAAGCCAAAGAAGAAACCAGAGAAUCCUGGUAUGGAGUCCAGGACCCCAAGAAGAGAAAACAGAUACAAGAUCGUCUAGCACAACGAGCGCGACGUAAGAGAAUCGCCGAAGCCAACAAAAACAAUGAAAAGGCCAUAGUCAUCAGCCCUCGAUCGUCGAAGCAUGUUACAAUAGCGCCACAACGUCACCCGGAGAGUUGCUCUUCCACUUGUAUCGAGACCAAUGCAUCAACUAUCAUCACGGACUCACAACUAGGCCAUUCAGUGUCGAGUCCACAUCUACCAAAUUGCCCUCAGACGUACAAUAUCAUGCCCCAUGCCGUUAUCCCUUUGAAACGAUUCCCUCUUCCGGUGGAUCAUCUCCUUCUGGUCCAUCCAAGCAGAAGCGCGCUUGUGGCCUUUGAAGAUAACGGUCAUCGCAUGGGUAUAGGAUGCGCCUGUGUCGGCCUGGUGAGAUCCUGGCGACAAUCUCCAGAUUUACCGGCGGUCUUGCAACCGACACCGCUUCAACUCACGACUCCGCAUUCGAUAUGGAUCGAUAGAAUGCCAUUUCCACGAAUGCGAGAUAAUAUCAUUCUAUUGGCCCAUAUGAUUGAUCUGGAAGAUUUCUAUGUCGAUCUCCUCACGAAAGAGUCCUUUGAGUUUAAGGAUGGAUCGGCUCCCCAUAACCCUGCUGCCUAUCGGAUUGAUCCUACCUUUAGAGCGAAAUGGGGAUAUUUGUUCCAUUGAGUGCGACAUGCCAUUCAUCAUUCUAUUCAUCCCAACUCUCGGCUUUUCCUCCGGACAAGUCAGAGACCGCAUCUGGUAUUCCCCGUAUCUAGUAUGGGAAGAAUGUACCAUCGUACGAAGCGAAUUUGCCGGAAUGAGACUCCCUGGUGGAUUCGUCGAUCUAGAAAGGUAAUACAAUAAAUCAGUGGGGACUCUUAGAG